UGACUGAAGAGCGACUUGGGGACAGCAGCAUGGCAGACAACGCAGAGACCUUCAGCGACAAAGACGCCGACCAGAGGAGCUCCCCGGAUGUUGCAAAAAGUAAGGGCUGCUUCACCCCAGAGAGCCCCGAGAUAGUGUCGGUGGAUGAAGGUGGGUAUGCAGUCCAGAAAAACGGGGGCAGCUCCGACAGCCGCUCCGAUAGCCCCAAGUACCACGGGGAACAGAAUCACCUGCUGAUCGAGGGCCCCUCAGGGACCGUCUCUCUGCCCUUCAGCCUGAAAGCCAACAGACCCCCUCUGGAAGUGUUAAAAAAAAUUUUCCCCAACCAGAAGCCCACGGUGCUUGAGCUGAUCCUGAAGGGGUGCGGGGGGGACCUGGUGAGCGCCGUGGAGGUCCUGCUCUCCAGCCGGUCCUCGGUCUCGGCCGCCGACCGAACUGCAGCGGAGCCCGAGGGCCUGGUGCUGCCCUCCAAUGGGCACAUCUUUGAACACACCUUGAGCUCCUACCCCAUCUCCUCCUCCAAGUGGUCCGUGGGAUCGGCCUUCAGAGUCCCAGACACUUUGAGGUUUUCUGCCGACUCCAGUAACGUUGUCCCCAACCCCUUGGCCGUGCCCCUGCAGCACCCUUUCCCCCAGCCGCCCAGGUACCCGCUCAUGCUGAGGAAUACUCUGGCAAGAAACCAGUCGAGCCCCUUUCUGCCCAAUGACGUCACCCUGUGGAACACCAUGACUCUGCAGCAGCAGUACCAGCUGAGGUCCCAGUACGUCAGCCCUUUCCCCAGUAACUCUACCGGCGUCUUCAGGAGCUCGCCUGUUCUCCCCACUCGCACCCCCGAAGACCCUCGGAUCUCCAUCCCCGACGAUGGGUGUCCGGUUGUGUCCAAGCAGCCCAUCUACACCGAGGACGACUAUGACGAGAGGUCUGACUCCUCAGACUCUAGAAUACUCAACACAUCAUCUUAAAGUGGUACCGGAUGGGAGGUGACCAGGUGACAUGUUCUGUGCAUCUGAACCCUGGGGGGAGGGUCCCCUGAGGAGAGGCUACAUCCUGUGUAUACCUUUUCCUUCUGUUUGACAAAGUGACUGUGCUUGAUUCUAUACCUUAGCAAUAAACACAUAACUUAUUUAAUUUCUUGCACUUCACUGGAAAAUGCCAAAUAGCUCUGCUCUGUGGCUUUAGUGCUGAAUGUUUAUUGUAAAAGAGAGUCUAAUGCUAAGAAUAGUCUUGGGAAAGCUGGGUCCACGGGAGAUUUAUUUGGGGAUGUAACGCUGAAGGUCAGCCUUGCGCCUAAACUCGACCUGGAAUGUUCAAUAAGAUCGUGUACUUGAAUGCAGUUUUGUGAAAGAGGAUUCCUCAGGAUAUGCGAAACCUAAAGGAAGUAGUUCGAUUGCAAAUGGACUAUAAACAGGGACAUUAUAUUCUUAACACUGAAAAUCCUUCUUGCAUUUUAAAGAGAGACUGCACUUAAGAAUAGAGUGAACUGCUCACACGCUUAUUUAAGCUUGGACAGCUUUCAGAGACAAACUCCAUUAAGAAUUAUUCUUUUCACAUGGCUGAGUCGAAACAUGUGUAAUGUCAAUGUAAAACCAAUCACAGCUGUGAACUGCAUGAAAUGUAUUGUGAAAUGAACACAAGAUUAAGCUUUGUCAGGUUAAUGUAGCAUGCUAAGGACUCUAGAAGAAAUAAACUAAGGAGAUGA